AGGUUGCUGCGACUCCCGUUCUAGCUCUCAAACUGUUCAAAACCAAAGCAAGUAUAAGAUUUCAGCAUGAAGUUCACAUCCUUCAGCUUCUCAACCAAGUUUCCAGCCGCAAUAUCGUAAAGCUUCUCGUGGCAUUUUCAAACCAGUACACCCGCGGUAUUAUAUUUCCAUGGGCUGAAUGCGAUCUCUCCGAGAUGAUGAUGCGGGCAAUACCGCCCAAUCAACGAUGUGAGCUUGGCCUCUGGACUCUUCAACAGUUCAUUGGCCUUUUAAAUGGACUUGCAACGAUUCACCGCAUACCCGAAAGCAAUGGAUGUCGAUCACGCACGCAGUGCCGACACGGUGAUCUCCGGCCGGCUAACAUACUUGUCAUGAAAGGUUCGAAAGCCCCUUGCGACCAUCCAGCUAGUAUCGCGAGUUGUAGACUCCAGAUCGCUAGUAUGGCCAUGGCGCAAUUAUUUCAAGACGAAAGCCAAUAUACUGUUCCGUCGGAAACCGGCACGUAUCAAGGACCAGAAUGCCACCUUCAAACUGCGAUUGGACCGUUGUACGAUAUCUGGUCGCUGGGUGGACUUUUUCUUGAGAUGAUUAUCUGGUGGCUUGAAGGGCCGAGCGGACUCGAAAGUUUCGCCGACGAGCGAAUCGCACCAGACCCUCUACUCGGAGAAAGGGUCCAGGACGAUUAUUUCUUUACCCUCUAUACUGAAGACGAGCGGUAUGCUGGUGCUGAAGUUAGAUCUUCUGUUAUGUCGUCGAUAAAGAGGCUCGAGCAGGACGAGAGAUUGAGCCCUGCGUUUGUGAUCUUAUUGAGCGUCAUCAAGAGCGACAUGCUUGUACCCAUUGGCAGUCAGCGGUUGGGAGCGAGUGAGCUCUCAAGAAAGCUUAUGCACCUAUUGAAUGGCCAGGGAGGAGACACGGCGGAUGUCCAGUGCAGCAAGUGACUUUGUAUUGUUCUACCACAUAUCGAAAGUGGUAGUCGAGUAUGACAUCUUUCGCCUACAAUCUACUUCAGGAUGCAUUCUGCGCCCCGUUCAUGGCCAAUGCUACUCUUCUCCGCAAUGAUCCCGGUGGUUUAGCUGCCACACAAUAAUCGUUACCGAACCGGUACCGACGCGCGCUGCCCCAUCCUAGACUGGGCAACAAUUCUAGAAGACGACCUUCUUAUCCCCAUAUCCGGUCUAGACCCUCUGUCCUGCUCGGCAUAUUGACUUCUGCCCUCCGGGCUCACCAAUUUCUGCCGGUCAUGGCGCCGGAGCAGGAGUCCAUCCAGUCCCCGGUACGACACGUUAGUGCCGUUAGCCGCGUCUUUCUCCCAAAUCGUACCGAGGAACC